AUGGAGAGCCCCACGACAUAUAAAGCUUAUGGCCUUGAGUUGAAUGACACGCAACGAGGAAUCUUAAUGUGCGACAGUACCUGGUACGCGCUCACUACUUCCGAUAUCGACAAUAUCAAAUUGCCUCGUUAUAGACGAAAGAACUUUCUCGAAGUCAAGAACCUGCUGUGCUACAAAGGCUUCCGAAAUGACAUGGUUGGGUUAAACAAGUUCCCGAUUACCCGACGACAGAUGGAUGCUUGCUGGAUGAAAUUGUUGUUCCGGUUUUUCAAGAAAUGGAAGCCGGAUAGUACAACCGUCCAGCCUUUUGGGCCGGAUGCCACAAGUCAGCCGGCUUGGAUGUACAUCAAGUUAGGCCAGGCAAUUGGUCAGCGCCACGGCACGAACCACGACGAUAUUGAGCGUUGGUGGGCAGACCAAGCCAAGAAAUACCCAGGUUUGGACAUCACGCCUACUGUAGUUGACGUAGAUACAGACCAUCCUGGUUUAUUAGACAACAAUGAUUCCGAUUCAGAGGGUGGUCAGGAGAUCAACGCUCGGGGUCUGGCGAAGCUGAAAACGGAGGGAAACAUGGCAAUGGGCGAUAUGGAUGGGGAUGGGGAGGGAGAUCAUGACAUGAAGGAGGCUAAACACGAUAACACGGAGGGGGAGGAAGAUCCUAUGGACACAGACGGAAUUGAAGUAGAUGCACAGGGAGGAGAUGACACGAUGGAUCAGCGGAGGAGCAUGUUCAGUGGGCCCUUGGUCAUGAGAUGAGCGGCGGUACGAGACACAUGCCUGCUCCUGAUGGACUGACUCG